UAAAUCGGAAGAUAUAUGUAUGCGAAGAACAAAAAACAAUAUAUAUCACACAGUUUAAAACUAUAUACGUUUUAAUUAAAGCAAGAUUAAAUCAAACCUGUGCCAAAAACAAUCCAAAAAUUCGAGGUUGAACAAAACACAAUUCGAAAUGAAUCCAUGUCUGCAUCGCCAAGAACAAAAUGGUUUUUUGGUGAAUAUAUGAGAGAGAGGGACGGAUGGAGUAAAUAUUUUCAAAAUAGAUUCUAACUAUUCUCUUUCAAGUGAUUUAACAAAUGGUUAAUCACUUAUCAUUUAUGCAAGUAAUUUAUUUGCAACCUUGCUUAUUUGUGGCUCAUUGGUUCAUCCCGAAGAUACUUAUCUCUCCGUGCAUAGCACGGGCGAUACACUAGUAUGAAUAAGGACUAAAUUGGACCCAUACUUCAUAGUUGAGGACCAAAUAAAGUCCAAUAGAGUGUUGGGGGACCAAAUUGAGUAAUUGUGUAUAGUCGAGGGACUAAAUCAACUAUGAACUCUAUUUUUAAUGUUAUAAUUGGAGCUUUCAUUCUAAUUUUUCCAGACUAAUAGAUGCUCUUUGCUAACCUGCUAAGAGCUGGAUUUACUAUGUGCUCUUUCUAGAAUUUCAUCUCUAAUUUUAUUGCACUUACACCCAACUCUAGAGGAUCAGGAACGCUAGUUGGAGUUGCACACCAUGUCUCCUUUAUGCGUCCCUAUGGACUUUUUGAUAUUGCUGCUGUUUCAGUUGCUAAUUCCUUGACUCUCUAUCCUUACUUGGAUGCCAUUUCUGAGAAGUUGGAUUAUAUUGGAAUAAAUUACUAUGGACAGGAGGUUGUAUCAGGUGCAGGACUGAAGCUUGUGGAAACAGACGAGUACAGUGAAUCAGGGCGGGGCAUCUAUCCUGAUGGCCUGUACAGGAUUUUGCUUCAAUUUCAUGAACGAUACAAACAUCUUAAUGUCCCUUUCAUUAUAUCCGAGAAUGGUGUUUCAGAUGGGACAGAUGUAAUCAGACGGCCAUACAUGUUGGAACAUCUUUUGGCAAUUUCUGCAGCCAUUGUAGCAGGUGUCCCAGUACUUGGUUACUUGUUUUGGACAAUUUCGGAUAACUGGGAAUGGGCUGAUGGAUAUGGUCCCAAGUUUGGACUUGUAGCAGUUGACCGUUUGAAGGAUCUUGCUCGGAUCCCACGUCCAUCAUACCAUCUGUUUUCCAAGGUUGUCAGAUCAGGUAAGAUCACAAAGGCAGACAGAGAGAAUACAUGGAAUGAACUUCAACUUGUAGUGAAAGACGGAAAAACGAGAGAAUUCUACCGGGCGGUGAACAAGCAUGGCUUGAUGUAUGCAGGAGGUCUUGAUGAGCCUGUAAGGAGACCAUAUGUGGAACGCGAUUGGCGGUUCGGGCACUACGAAAUGGAAGGUCUACAAGAUCCCUUGAGCCGAUUUUCACGAUUUAUUGCCCGGCCCUUCACCACCAAGAGAAGAGCAAAACCUAAGACAAUGAAUGAGGAAGCACCCACUCUUGAGCCUCUUUUGUCCUUGCCAUGAUGCUCCCUCCUCUUACAAGAUCUGGAAAUUCCUUCACAAAUAUAUUCAUGAAGUUGGAUCAAGGUUGGUAAUCUUCCUUGGCCAAAUUAAUUUAGUUUCUUUAUCAUCUUCAACCCUUUUAUUUGAAGAAGAGUUAUGUACUCUGUAGAGUCUGUACUUUAUUGCUGCAGUGUAUAGCUUCCUGCAUUUACAUUUAUAUCAAAACACUCUAUGCAAUGUAAUUUUUUUUGCAAGGUCAAACUUUGACCAAGAAAAAUCAAAUGGGAAGAUUAAA